AUGUUUGCUCUACUGAUUGUAGCUUUUUGUGCACUUACAGUUGUGGCCUGUGGUUUGUUUAACUCAAUUGUCGAGGACCUAAGGACGCUCUAUUGGGCUGAAGGACCUUUGAGUGUAUCACAGGAUAUUUAUCUUAUAGCUGUGGAUUCUGUUAAUCCGGAAAUUGAUGAUGUACAAAACUUUUGGACGCCAGGCAGGGCCGUCGCCAUCACUUGUAUGGGUGUGGCAUUGUUGGCUGGCCUGGCAGUAGUUGCUUACCGAAAAUACCAGCGAGAAGGAAAGUACGUACGUGGAUUGGAAAAAGAUCUGGAAUCGCAUCGAACCGAGGUGGCCAGACUGAGAGAUCGUCUGGAAACGCAAGAAGAAGGACACGCAAAGACAGAGGAACACCUGGACAAGAUGACCCGAGACUUCCAACUGUUGGAACACCAGCGAGGACGAUUGGAGGCUGAGAAAAAGAUGCUGGAAGAGGCUCUGGAAAAGAGUAAGUUCCAGGAAAGUGAAAUGGAACGUCUCUUGGAAGGAGCAACCGAGCAGAACGAGUUUCUGCAAAAUGAAAUUGUGGAGAAAGAUCUUUUGAUUGAACGGAACGCAAUCGAAAGAAAAGAAAUCGAAAGUUGUUUGGAAGAAGAAAAGAAAGCAAAAGACAGAGAAAUCGAGAUUUUGGAAAAUGAAUUGAGAAGUCUUUUCCAGAAGAUGGUGACGAAGGAGAGAGAGCUGGAAAGUGCUCUGAAGGAGGGAACCGACCUCACCUUGAGAAUAAAGGAAGCUGAAGCCACCAAUCAAGUGUUGGCUUCAGAGAACAAAUGCUUCAAGACGGCCAAUGACCAACUGAAAGAAGCUCUGGAAGAGAAAGAGAAGGAGAGCGACCAUCUAAAGAAUUCGAAGGAAGCUUCAACACAAGAAAUAGCUGUUUUACGACAGAAGAAUGCCGAUCUCCAGAAGCAAAUCGAAAAUGAAGAGGAAAAGAACAAAAUUUUAAAUGAAGAAGUUCAGCAGAUGAGAAAUUGGGUUGCUGAACUAGGAGGUCAGAAUGCUAAGAAGGAAGAGGAAUUGGCCAAGAAAGAACUGGAAGUAAAAUCGAUGAAGAAUUCCCUAGAAGAGGCAGAAGAAAAAAAUAAAAUUUUGAAUGAAGAAGUUCAGCAGAUGAGAGACUGGGUAGCUGAACUAGGAGGCCAGAAUGCCAAGAUGGAAGAGGAAUUGGCCAAUAAUGAACAGAAAAUCAAUUCACUGAAGAAUUCUUUACAAACAGAAGAAGAAGAGAACAAAAUCUUAAAUGGAGAAGUUCAGCAGAUGAGAAAUUGGGUAGCUGAACUAGGAGGUCAGAUUGCUAAGAAGGAGGAGGAAUUGGCAAAUAAAAGAAAAACUGGAAGUAAAAUCGAAUUUGAAGGAAAUUCUUUAGGAAAAGGGAGCAAAUAA